ACAACACUCCGACACCCUAUCCAUCAACCUGCGAUGGGUCGAAUUUACCAUGCGCCUGACCAGCCACAACGUGCCCGCUCUCAGUCACCCAGCGCGGCGCGAACCAUGAGGACCCAUCCCGAACCAUGGAUAUAACAUCCACGAAAAUCCUAGUGGCCGCUCUGUUCGGCAUCCUCCGGUUCUUCUUCGGGAUUUUACCAGUGAAACUGUACAAGGUGUUGUUGCACUGGGAAGAACAGGAUGACUCGGGACACUUCAUCAACAAAAAGAGGCAUCAACAGGUCAUGUGUACCCUAGCGCUAUGCCAGUCCUUCGGUGGAGGCGUUCUCUUCGCGACGUGUUUCCUCCACAUGAUGCCCGAUGUGUACACAUCAGUCGAAGAACUGAAGAAAUUCGGCAACAUCAACACGGAGUACCCGUUGUCACAAAUGACAAUCUCGUUAGGGUUCUUCUUCGUGUACUUCGUCGAGGAGUUCUCGCACUGGUUCGUCACGAGAGUAGACGACUGCGACGCUAAACGUAAAGUGUCAACUCCGACUUCUGCCAACAAAGUCGUACCACAGAACGCCUUUACCAUAGAAAGCGCAUCUGAAGUCAAAGUGGUACCACCCAAGAGUGCCUUCAUCAUAGAAGACGACGUAUACAACGAGAAAGCCGACAAUGUGUCAGACACGUACAGUGUGACCACGGAAGUGAUCAAAGAGAACGAAAAGAACCACCAGAAGUCGCUGGAUCUAGACGAAGAACUAGAGCAAGUGGAACCUCUGGAGGAAGAAGCGGAAAAAGAAGCCAAAAGCAAGCAACAAAUCGUGCGCUAUCUCCUCGUGGUGAUCGCGCUAUCCCUGCAUGCUUUCUUCGAAGGACUUGCUAUAGGCCUCCAACACUCAGUUGCCAACAUUUGGUACCUUUUCAUAGCGGUGUCAAUCCACUCCGCGACGAUUCUCUUCUACAUCAGUCUGGAGUUAGUACUGGCGAAAACCCAGCUGAAGAGGAUCAUGAUUCAUGUUUCUAUUCUCUCGUUCACGAGUCCAGUGGGUGUUUUGUUGGGGCUUUUGAUAACCCAGAACGCGAAUAUGAACACUCAAGCCAAGUCGACGGCGGUGGUACUGCUGGAAGGUUUGUCGGCUGGUACUAUUUUGUACAUAACGUUCUUUGAAGUUUUAAAUAGAGAAAAGGAGCGUAGGGCGUGGGUUCUACGAAGGGCGAUUUGUAUUCUAAGCGGGUUUGUCCUAAUGGCGGUACUUCAGUGUGCUGAAAUGUACAUAGAAUAG